GGAACCGCGACGCGCAGCGGCAGCGCGAGCCGCGCUCAGUGUUCAAGAUGGCGUUGCAGGCAGCAGAGAUGGGAGGAAUAAAUGUUGAUUGGCUUGGUAGCCCUGGUCUCAUCUCACCCAUCAAGGAAGACCCAUCACGUCUUCUGACAGUGCCAUUCAGAGGACGCAUCCGAGGGGGCCUGCGCCCGGGGAAGAAGAUAAUCGUCAUGGGCAUCGUUGACUUGGAGCCAGACAGCUUUGACAUCAGCCUGUCAUGUGAAUGUGACCUGAAGCAGGAAGAGCAGUCUCAGAAUGACACAGCGCUGAAACUCACCGCUCGCUUCUCUGAUCGCCAGUUCCUGCGCAACGCUUGCGUCUCUGGGAGUUGGACGCAGCAGGAAGCGUCCACUGACUACUUCCCCUUCAUCCCCAACCAGCCCUUCAGGAUUGAGAUACAUUGUGAACAUCAGCGGUUUCGGAUUUUUGUGGAUGGACAUCAGCUGUUUGACUUUUAUCACAAAGUUACAUCUUUGUCCUCUAUCGACACCGUCCGGAUAGGUGGAGCUCUACAGAUCACCAAGCUGGGCUAGUGUGUGUAUGUGUGCGUGUGUCCCUGUGCGUGUGUUUGUUAUAUUUUUAUGCAAUCCAAGAGCGAGGAAACUAUUAUUAUUGGCUUGGUUUAGGAUGAGGGAUCUUAUUGUUAAUGGAAUUUCUAUUGAAUGUACUUUUAGGUUGGCCUACAAGAAUUAAAUUCACUUGGGACCGAGACAAAAAUACAGGUAAUGAUUUAUAUGUAAAUGCAUAUAUGUCGUUUGUUUAUCCAAAGUAAACUAUGUUUAUGCUCUCGGGUUGUGAAUCUUUUGUUAUCUAACACUUUGAUUCUAAACCAAUCAAAUCAAAUUCUAAACCAAGUUUUCGAAACAAAACAAUUUCCUAAUUGAAAAUCAAUUCAAAUGGCCCCUACUGUGUGGCCCUUACGGUGUGGCCCCUACAGUAUGGCCCCUUCAGAAUGACCUUCCCCGGUCCUGUUGUAUUUUUUUUUAGAUGCAUAUAUUUAUUAGUGCUGUCAAGCGAUUAAAAUAUUUAAUCGCGAUUAAUCAGAUUAAUGUCAUAGUUAACUCACGAUUAAUCGCGAGUAACCACGAUUAUUUUUCUAUGCUAAUUAUCCCUUGAUUUCUUUGUCCCAUUAAUUUUUCAUGGAGAAGUGCAUC